AUGGAGAAUGCGCAGUUGUUUCCUGCGUGAACCUUGUGAUCGCUGAUAUCCUGGCUGCAAGUUUACAAUAUGGACAAAUGGAAGGCAUACAUACCGGACCCUAGAGUCGUUUUUUCAGACUCGUUUCACUUCAACCAAGAUAAACCGGCAGCUGAAGUGGAGAGAGAAGUGAAAAAUCUCGUCGAAAAGGCUGGGCUUCAAUGCGUCAAAUAUGAGGCAUACUACACUGAAUGGGUUUAUCCCGGAUUGGAUGCCAUUGUAGAUUUCUUCGUCUCAAUCUUCAACCUUGAGGUGAACAUUCCUCAACCAGAAAAGGGCGCAUUCAGAAAUACGUGGCGGGAUAUACUCAAGCACAAGACGACGGCGACACCUAGCGGACACAAGCUCAAGUUUCGGUUUUCGGUAUUGCAUGCUCGACGCAUUAACUCUUCGUGA